AUGAAGAAGUCUCAGCUCUUGCUUCCAUUCAAGGGUACUCCAAAUGGAACACUGAUCCACCCAGCAUAUUUUUUGCUAGUGGGUAUCCCUGGCCUGGGACCUAAUGCACAUUUUUGGUUGGCUCUCCCAUUGUGUUUUAUGUAUGCUUUGGCUACUCUAGGCAACUUGGCCAUUGUUCUCAUCAUUCGUGUAGAAAGGCGCCUUCAUGAACCCAUGUAUCUCUUUCUGGCCAUGCUUUCUACCAUUGACCUUGUUCUCUCCUCUGUCACCAUGCCCAAGAUGGCUAGUCUUUUCCUGACAGGCAUCCAGGAGAUUGAGUUCAAUAUUUGUCUGGCCCAGAUGUUUCUUAUCCACUCUUUGUCAGCCAUGGAGUCAGCUGUCCUGCUUGCUAUGGCUUUUGAUCGAUUUGUAGCCAUCUGCUACCCUUUACGGCAUGCUUCUGUGCUCACUGGCCCUACUGUUGCCAAGAUUGGACUAGCUGCUCUGGCCAGGGGAUUUGUGUUCUUUUUCCCUCUGCCCUUCAUCCUGAAGAGAUUGUCAUAUUGCCAAAAACAUACUGUCACACACUCCUUCUGUUUGCAUCAAGAUAUUAUGAAGCUUUCUUGUACUGAUACCACUGUCAAUGUAGUGUAUGGGCUCUUUAUCAUCCUUUCUGUCAUGGGUGUGGAUUCUCUCUUCAUUGGCUUCUCCUACAUUCUGAUUCUUCGAGCUGUGUUGGAACUGAAAUCUCAGGCAGCAGCACUCAAAGCUUUCAACACCUGCAUCUCCCAUCUCUGUGCUGUCCUGGUCUUCUAUGUGCCUCUCAUUGGACUCUCGGUGGUGCAUAGACUGGGUGGACCUACUUCUCUGCUCCAUGUAAUUAUGGCGAAUGUAUAUUUGCUAUUACCUCCUGUGGUCAAUCCUGUUGUCUAUGGAGCCAAGACCAAGGAGAUCCGUUCUCGAAUCCUCCAUUUGUUUUCCACUGAUGGCAGGUGA